AUGACCUAUACUCGUUCCAAUGAGCACGUCAUGUUUACAUACACCAUCAAUGACAUUGCAUUUAAGCAGCCAGGUUACUGUGUUAUGGACCUUGGUAUUACUUUUGAUCAAUCGCUAACUUAUCGUACUUUUAUUGAAAAAGUUACUUGUAAGGCUCUGAAGCUUCUCGGUUUUGGGAAAAGAAUUUUGGCUCAAUUUAAACUGUUCAGUUCUCUUAAAACGUUAUAUUGCUCUUUUGUUCGGUCCGUGUUGGAGUAUGGGGUAAUUAUUUGGGAUCCGAUCACAUUCGAUGGUAGUAUUCAACUGGAAAGAGUUCAACGUAAAUGUUUGAAAUAG